AUGGAUAUUCUCGAAUUGAUCAACGUUGAGUCCCAGCAAAACGCCAACAAGCAACAUCGUUGUGAGGCUCCAAAUUGCAACAAGGCCUUUGGUCGUCGUUCUGACCUUGCACGACACCGACGAAUUCAUACCAAUGAGCGACCAUAUGUGUGUCACGAAGAUGGAUGUGGCAAGAGCUUCAUUCAGCGAUCCGCUCUCAAAGUCCACAUGCGCACGCAUUCGGGUGAGAAGCCACACGUUUGCGAACAUGAAGGUUGUGGUAAAUGUUUCAGUGAUAGUAGUUCGCUUGCUCGACACAGACGAAUCCAUACUGGACGCCGACCUUACAAGUGCCGUCAUGAAGGUUGUCAUAAAAGCUUUGCUCGUAAAACGGUAUUGACCCGACAUCAGAAAACGGCACACAAUCCAGUACUUUUAUCAAAACGCACACCUUUACAAUGGAAGCCAUUCGAAAUGCCAAAACAACAACAACAACAGCAACACCAAGCAACAUCACCUGUUGACGAUAUGGCAUCUAUUCCUUCGUCGCCUCCCCAAUCACCCACAGAUGCGCAGCACCACAUGUUUUAUCCACAACCAACACAACAACCACCCACUUUGGUUGCACCCCAUGCUUGCUGGCCAACGUCAUAUCAUCAUCAGCAACCCUUUCCUUGCCAUCCCAUGACGACGACGUUACCUUCUCCUCCGCUUGAUGAACAUCAUCAACGUCGUCUUUCAGCAUUUGUUCCAUAUGCACGCUUUUAA